GAUUAGCAAGUGACAGCAUAACACCACAGAUAGAUUGACUUUGAGUAUUCACUUCAUCACCAAACGUGGCAAUAAAUGCAAAGUUAUUUAAUUUUAUAGGAACUUGUAUAUAUUUUAAUGUGUAAUGCACAGUAACUGCAGACACGGAACCACCCUUCAACCUUCAAGUCCAAGCUCCAUCAGUGAUAUUUAUAGGCAUCAGCAGCCUGGUUUUGAUUUUGAAAACCUGUCUCUUCAAAACUAAGAAAGAUGGAAGCAAUCCAGCUGGCUAUACUGGCACUACUGGUAAACUGCCUUGGGGGCACAACCACAACUAACUUUCAGUCAACGGUGGGAUCAGAAAGAACAAACCCAACAUCAUCUUCACUUCAUGACUCAGCUACCCUGACCCCUGCAACUCCCUUGAUGAUCACAAGUAUGUCAACCGUAACAAGUGGACCUUCAAGCGAUCUUCCCAGCAACACUUCUAUCUUGACAAAUACACCUUCUAGAACUUCACAGCUCACAUCAAAAACUUCACAGUUCACAUCAAAAAUUUCACCUGAGGUACAAUCGAUUCAGAGUUCGCCCUCUCAACCAACUUCAUAUGUGACAAAUAUAAAUCAGACUUCUACGCCAAUCACUAUUAAGUCUACGCCAAUCACUAUUAAGUCUACGCCAAUCACUAAGUCAUCUGUUAAAUACCCUGAUAACGCGACUGCAGGCAAGAUUGUUGCUUACGUCAUCGGCGUGAUGUUGUUGCUAAUGUUGAUCAUAAUAUGCAUUCUUCUGAUGAGGAGGAGAUGUUCAAAAUAUCCUGUACAGGACCUCACGUGGGCAGGAGCUUAUCCAGGCCCCAGUGAAGAUGGUGUACAUGCAACUGAGGACAAUGAUAACAAUGUUGCUCCAGCAAAGCGUCCCUCACUCACCACCUUCUUAUCUAAAAAAUCUAAACGUGAAUCCUUACUGGAUCAAUAUAGCAUGGAGGUGCAGGAGUCUGAAGGAAUCAUCAAUGCUUCUUCUUCAGGGAUUGAAGAAAAGCUCAUUGAGCCUGAAGUCAAAGUGGAAAAUGAAACAGAAAAAGAAAUACCAUCUACCAGUGAAACACAUGAAAUACAAAGCCAAGUUUUUCCACCAUCUCCUCCUCUUGAGGCACAAGUUUCACUGAAUGGCAAUGACCCAGCUGCUCCACUGCCUGCAACCGAUACAGAUGCUCCUAGCCCCCCUCAGGAGGUUCCUGAUGUAGAUCCAAACAUCACCAGCUUUCCCCCUCCCCCAUUUGAUUUUCUGGAUCUUGUGAAUGAUUCUGAUUUUCCACCACCACUCACUGAGCUGCAAGCCUAAAGCACUGGUUUUGAGUUUUAGCUUUCACGACUGCAAAGCAAGUGUACAUUGGAUACAGGGUUGCAAGGCAGCAAGUGCUUUUGUGCAUCAGCAUUGCCACACCAUAUUGUAAAAAUAAGACGUUAAAAUAACCGACAACUCCUGUAGUGCAAUGCACUGCAUUUUUUUGAAAUGCAAAGUUGGAGGUGGCAUGAUUUGAACCUACACACAUGCAAACACAAAAUCCCCCACUGACUGCAAUUCCAUUAAUGUUCUUCUGCUUUUUUUAAAAAAUCAAAUGGGCAGCAAUACAAGCUCAAUUCUCAAUUUGUUUCAUGCCCACCUCGGCAGACCACUGGGUAACUGGUUAACAGUGAAUUACCUCAAAAGCCUUUUCGCUUUUAUUAUCCAUCUACCAAUUCCCUUCUCAGCAGCCGUCUUAUGCACAGUUCAUUAUUAAAGUGAUCAAUAUAGCAGCAAAUGAUACAUUUCCUGUUUUUAGACAAGAAAAAUUGUUUAUAAGACUACAAACGGAAAAACAGUUGGCCAAUGAAAUGGCCAACUGAAAGCAGAGUUUAACACACAAAUCUUCAAUAGUUCAUGUGAGAUGGAAAAAGUCCAGAAAACAAAAUAAUAAUUUCUAUGGGCCAGCUUUACUCAGAAAUAUUACAGGAGUAUAAUUUAUUCAGCUUGAAAAAAAUUCUUUAACAGACAAGUUUGCAAAUAAAAAAAAAAAGCUAUGCUUUGUAAUCAUAUUCCAUGGCACUGCAGAUUGCUUUUAGUGUUGUUUGCGCUGGUCUUGCCCAUAUCUUUCUCCAGGUUUCCCUCUACCCUACUCAAACUCCACUGAAAAUUAACACAUUUUAGUAUUUUAUUUCUUAAGUGUGAAUUAAUUUUGAAUGGAAGGUUACAGACUGUUAAAUCUAAUCAAUGAUUUAUUUACAGUCCCAAAUUUUGCAAAUAAUUUUAAGAUAACCUAGAUCUGCAUGGUUUAAUCAGUAGCUUUUAAUUUAUAUGUUAUGACCAAAUAGAAAAGGAGAGAACUAAUAAAAGCAAUUGGAGCUUUAGUUAAAUGUAGAUAUUCUUAUGUUGGUACUCAGAAUGCCAUCUAAAGAUCUCAACUUAGACAAAUGGAAUACUGGACUCCAGAAUGCAUAGAUUUUUACAAUUGCAAGUUCUCUGAUCAAUUUCAAAGAUAGGAAGAGCAAUAGCAAUUAAAGGGAAAGGGCUGUAGCAAAAGACAACAUUUUUAAAAGUAGAAUCGGAUUGACUCUCCAAUAUGGCAAGUAAAUGUGAAGCAAAAAAUGUGAAGAAAAUAAUUGGGCCAGAAAUAUGCAUAUGGAAUUAGUUAAUUGAAAGUUCACAGUGGACUUGGGGAGCAAUUACGGUCAUGUUCAUUACAUUGUCCAGAUAGUGUAGCAAGGCAAUUAAAAAAGUUAAUAGAGUGGUAGGAUAUCUAUGUUUUAGAACAAAUUCAGAGAAAAGCAACAUGGCUGAUUCCAAAUUAUAGAGAUGAGAUUUGCCAUGAGGAAGCAGCUGAAAAACUUGAACCUUACAACUUAAAGUGGUUAAGAGGGGAUUGCAACUGAUAAACUCAGUGUUACUUUUAAAACAAACAAGCUACAAGAUCAGAGGAUACCAAGGGAAGUUGAUGAAAUAAAAAGGAAAUGCUACUUUCACAAUGAGUCCUAUAAACGUUCACACUAUCAAGCAGGAGAAUAGAGGCAAAAGCAUUGGGGUUUUUCUAACAAUGAACCAGACUGCGUGGUAGGAGGGUUUCUCUACCAGAUGGGUCAUCUUCAAUGGGGCAGGUGACAAUCUCGACCCUGGCUUUUCUUGCAUGUUACAUCAGUCCACUGACCAGUAGUAAAUAUUUGGGCAGCUCUUUGGUACAGCACAUUAAUACACAUCGCCAACUGGUCAGGAUGGAACCAGUCAAUUUUUUUCUUAAUAUUUUAUCCAUGUUCAGCACAUGCCCAGACUUUUAGUAAAACAACAUUCAUCAGCAACAUAUUAAAACGGACAAAAGUUUAUUUCAAAAAAGAUUAAAAGCAAAGACCAAAUUUUAAAACAGGAAGUGUUAAAUAAUUCUGGAGCAAUGAGGUUACAAGUCUUAAUACCAAUAUCAAAAUGUUAAAGAUGGCAUUUGAUUACCACUGAUUCUGUUGCCACAAAAGCUUUAAAAUUAAAAAGAAAAAAGAACAGAAAGACCUUCAUUUACGUAGUGCCUUUCACCACCACAGGACGUCUCAAAGCACUGGAGCUUUGACUUUUGUGCUUAAGUCGUGGAAUGAGUCUUGAACCCACAACCUUCUGAAUUAGAGGUGAGUGUGAGGCCAGCUGAGCCACACCUUACUAAAAUAUUGGGCAUUCCUCAGAUGUAUAUCGUGGCUCCAUUCAGCAUUUACAAGCUGAAAUCUGCUUGCUAAGUGUGUGAUGUUGAAUUGAGUUAGAUUGCAUUAAGUGCGACCCAGUUGCUGCUGCGCUAUUGAAAUUGCGAAACAAAUGUUCUUCACUGAGUCAUUAAUCCAGAAGGCUCAGGUUUACAAGAAAAGGAAAUUAUCACAGGGUUUACAAAUACUAAUAUGAAAAUUUAACAAGUAUAUUUAUGCCCACUCACAGCUGUGUUUUAAAAGGCAUGGUAUAUUGCCUUACACCACUUUGCUAAGGCUACAUUAGACAUGACUAUGAAAUAUUACUCAUGCUCCCAGAAUCUCAGAAUUGUUAUAGCACAAAAGGUAGCCAUUUGGCCCAUCAUAUCUGCACCGGCUCUCUCAAUGAGCAAUUCACUUCAUGCCACCCCCCAAUCUUCUCUCCAUAACCUGGCAUGUCACAAAAAAUAUAAUUUUCAUAAUAUUGUAGUGAUUUAUUGUAAAGGUAGGUUAGUAGUGGGGUUUGGAUUAGUUUCUCUGUGUGGAUGUGUGUGUAGGGGUUUUAAUUGAAUUGCAGAGAGCUAGUCUGGAGCUUUUGAGUUAUCAAAAGGGAAGCUAGGUUUGAAAUACUAAAUACAUAAACAUGGCUGAAGUUAGAAUGAGGGGUGCAGGGAACAUUUGCAUUUUUAGAUAAACCAGAGACAGAGACAGAGUCAUGAUUUCAAAGCGAUAGGAAGGUGUUACACUUAGCCUUAAGAAGUUAAGCCAAACAGUUUGUUUAUUUUUCCCAAAGACUACUGAUUGAGUACUAUGAAAGAUUUGGAAAAAGUAAAGUUGCAAAGACAUAUUGGGACAAUGGAAUUUACAUUAAAAAGGGGGAAACCUGUAUAAAGGA